AUGCGCACUUCUACCAUCUUCUCCGCUCUCGCAGCAGCCCCGUAUGCCCUGGCAGUUGCACCAGACGUGUCCACGGCUCUGCAGCAAAUCCUGAACCAAGCCCAUCAAGGACCUCUAUAUACCUACCCGACGAGCUUGACCCAAGGUAUCGUACCAAAACUUAUCCACAGCCACAAUGACUACUGGAGAGAUGUGCCCUUCUACAGUGCCAUCUCAGUCGGCGCAGUGUCAGUCGAAGCAGACGUCUGGCUUUACAAUGGGACUUUGCAUAUUGGGCAUGAAGAAGGUGCAUUGACCAAUGCGCGGACAUUUGAGUCGCUAUACAUCAACCCGAUCCUAGAUACGUUGCAACGCCAGAAUCCGACAAACAGCUCCUUCCUAACAGCUCCAACCCACAAUGGAGUGUUUGAUACCAAUGGCGCUCAGACUCUAUACCUCUUUGUCGAUGUCAAGACUCCUGGGAACACAACUUGGCCAUACGUUGUCAAGGCUCUCGAGCCACUACAAUCCGGCGGCUGGCUCUCCACCGUCAACUCCUCCAACCAAUUCACCCUCGGCGCCGUAACCGUGAUUGGCACCGGCAACACCCCCCUCAACCAAGUCCAGCCCGUCACACCCCGCUACUAUUUCUACGACGCCCCGAUCCCCACCCUCAACAGCACCUUCUCCAACAUAACUUCCCUCGUCUCUCCCAUCGCAUCUACAGACUUCGAGGCCAAUUUCGGGCCUGUGCCCGGCACAUCGCUCAAUGACACACAGCUGGCGCUGUUGAGAGCCCAGGUCGCGACGGCACAUGCAAAAGGGAUAAUGUUGAGAUAUUGGGAUCAGCCGGGCUGGCCAAUUAGUACACGGAAUGGGAUUUGGAGGCAACUGAAGAGCGAAGGGGUGGAUCUCAUCAACGUCGAUGAUUUGGAGGGUGGAGCUGGGUUCAGUGAUGAGAGUAACUACUGGUGA